AUGGAGCCUCAGGAAGCGCAAGUCGAGUGGACGAACAGAGAAGGUGUCGGGGUCAGACCGACUCCACAGCCCGAGCUUUUGGCCACCGAACUUAGAACGACAGAGAGACCCCUGAGGGCAGACGAACAGGGACCACGACACCCCAGUUCCACACCUGGAAACCCCGCGGCUUUCUCUUUCACGGAGGGGCUCGGGGAAAGUCGGGGGCGGGGGGUGUUGCCGGAAGAGGGCCGGGAGAUCUUCCUCCCACAGGUGGCUGCACUGCAACUUGGGGCCAGGGGCCUGCCUCUUGCGCCAACCUCCACGGAGCCAUUAAUCACUCUGCUCUGCGGGUGUGGGUUGGCGGCGUCAGUCUUGGCAGUUGGCUCCGGCAGUGGCCACGGCCCUGGCAGCUGGGGCAAGGACCUGGCCACAUCAGCACUGACCCCCUCUCCCCCGCCCCUACUACCGCAAGCUUACUGGCACUACGUCCUGGCCAAGGCGGAAAAUUUGCAGCCAGAAAUAAAAAGCAUUGCAAGUCAUCUUAACCAAGAAGGUGCAGUUAGUGCAGAUCAGUUGAGGUGGUCCAAAAGAGUUGCCAGGCCAACUUACCUAAAGAAUACGGGGAGGCUUGUUUCAGAGCUAUAUGUUCGGGAUAACUGCCACCCUCUCAAAGCCUCUGUGUUGGUCUGGAUUCGGUUUCCAAUGUGGAUCUUCAUGUCUGUUGCUCUUUGGAAUCUUAGCACAGGGGCAACACAUUCAGAUGUAGGUUUUUCUAUUCAGGAACAGUUACCUACUAGUGGGGUCCUGUGGUUUCCUGACCUCACUGCACUGGAUUCCUCUUGGAUUCUGCUUAUCUCUGUUGGUGUCAUCAGUUUAUUAAUAGUGGAGAUUUUUGCUCUGCAAAAAAUUGGAAUGACUCCUUUUCAGAUGUAUAUUACGUGCUUUGUUCGUGUGGUAUCAGUGUUGAUGAUUCCGAUUGCUGCAACAGUACCUUCAUCAAUUGUCCUCUACUGCUUAUGUUCCAGAUUCAUGGGCCUUUCACAGAAUUUGUUGUUGCAUUCUCCUGGUUUUUGCCAACUUUGCCAAAUACCGUUGACCAAGUCAGAUUCAGACACGCCUUGUAAGGACCUCUUUGCCACCUUUUAUGCUAAGUUUAUUUCAAGAGAAUGACAUGCUUUCCAGGAAUUUUGGAACAAUUCCAAGUGUCACUAUCUAAUAUAUUUAGGUUUAGAAAUUCAGAUGUGAUUUAAUUUGUCUUUAUUUAAAAUCAUGAAUUGUGGGGGCGCCUGGGUGGCUCAGUCGGUUAAGCGUCUGACUUCGGCUC